AUGUGGCGGGGCGACCAGCCCUCCGCGUCCCCACCCCCAACGCUGACCUCAGAGGCUGAAACGCCGGAGGGUCCGGGCGGCACAGACCCCAGGCCGCCCUGCCCCGGCCCAGGACGCGGGCUCCCCGCACCCCAGUCGCCCUCACCCAGGCAAUGCGAACCCGCAGCGAAGCCGGCCGGCGAGACUGCCCCGCCGAGGCCCAGCAGCGACGACUGCAGAGGCGCGCGGGGCUCCGUGACCGGGGGGGCCGCUCUCGCUGCAGCCGGCUGCUCCUCUCCCGCGGCGCCUGCCGCAUCGGGCCGCCGGAGCCGCGGCCGACGGAAACCAGAGGAAGGCGGCGCGGGCACGAUUCCUUCCCCCCGGAUCCGGCGGGGAAGCACAGGAGGCUGCGGGAAGCUGCUCCGGCUCCGCGGCUGGCGCCAGUUGCGCGGUGGCCGCGGCCGCCCCAGAUUCGCGGAGGAAGGUGCGAAGCGGCGGGAGGCUGCGGGCCUCGCUGUCCCCCCGGGCGGCAACGAGGGAGCGCAGCCGAGUCCCUACCUUUCGGGCGGGGCAGACUCCACCGCGCGCCCUCGCCGGGCGCCGGGGCCGGAAAAUCACCGCGGAGGGAGGGACGGGGAAAGGCGGCGGGUGGCUUCAGGACAAGGUAGGAGGAUCGAUUUCCACCGCCAAGAAGACACUCCCAUCCCGCCCUGGAGUGUUUGCAAAGCUGCAGGAGCUGGAGUGAGGGGUGGCCGGGCACUCCCCUUCCCCGCCGGGCUGGCGGGCGCAGAGGCAAACCCGGACGCUCGCCGCUCCGCGAACUGUGACACAAAGCCCAGCCGAAGGGGAGGAGUGUGCAGAGAGCGCCUGAAUUCCGGGGCUCUGCCCUCCAAGGGCAAAUGUAAACAUUUAAGUCAUAGCCGCAACCUUCGGGCACUGAGCAGUGUCGUCACGUGCGAUCAAAUGACCCCAGAGAGAAGACCCACGGACUUGGAUGCAAUUCAAAGUUGGCAGUGUGUCAUGAAGUGAAACAAAGUCCUUCAUCUGUGAUGGGCUUUCUGGUAUUUCUCACUGUCUGUCUCUCUCUAUCUC